CUGCGACACCCGGAAGAACAAGAAGAAUCUGCUGCUGCUGCAGGUGGAAGGGAAAGAUUAGAAGGAAUCGGAUCAGCUUUGUCCUAGAGGUGCUUGCUAUACAAUGGGCAUCUAAAAACAACAAAGGAGAACAGGUACCUACUCUAAACAAGCUUGGAAUCUAGAGGAAGCGGGAUAAGAACGCACAAGAUAAAGAACGUGCCCAGAAGGAUUCUGAAAAUGUCUCAGAUUGGAGCUUUGGCUGCAAUUGGAGUUGCAAUUACUGCUGCCUCUCUCUUCUCAGCAAUCCACAAAAUAGAAGAAGGGCAUGUUGGAGUUUAUUACAGGGGUGGAGCUUUGCUAACUUCUACCAGUGGUCCUGGUUUCCAUCUGAUGCUUCCAUUUAUAACGUCUUUCAAAUCUGUGCAGAGCACCUUGCAGACAGACGAGGUAAAGAAUGUUCCAUGCGGUACAAGUGGGGGUGUCAUGAUCUAUUUUGAUCGAAUCGAGGUGGUCAAUUUCUUGAUCUCAAAUGCUGUGUAUGAUAUUGUGAAAAACUACACUGCAGAUUAUGAUAAAGCACUGAUCUUCAACAAGAUCCACCAUGAGCUGAACCAGUUCUGUAGUGUCCACACCUUACAAGAGGUCUACAUUGAGCUGUUUGAUCAGAUAGACGAGAACCUCAAGUUGGCCCUUCAAGAAGAUCUCAAUUCGAUGGCUCCUGGACUCAUUAUUCAGGCUGUGCGAGUCACGAAACCCAAUAUUCCUGAAACCAUACGCAGAAACUAUGAGCUUAUGGAAAGUGAGAAAACCAAGCUUCUCAUUGCUGCCCAAAAGCAGAAAGUGGUGGAGAAAGAAGCAGAGACCGAAAGGAAAAAAGCAGUUAUUGAGGCUGAAAAAGUUGCACAAGUAGCAGAGAUAAAAUUUGGGCAGAAAAUAAUGGAAAAGGAAACAGAGAAAAGGAUUUCUGAGAUUGAAGAUUCUGCUUUUCUUGCUCGUGAGAAAGGGAAAGCUGAUGCAGAGUUUUACACCGCGCACAGGUUAGCGGAGUCAAACAAGCUGAAAUUAACUCCUGAAUAUCUACAGCUCAUUAAGUACCAAGCUAUUGCUACCAACAGCAAGAUAUACUUUGGUAAGGAUAUCCCAGAAAUGUUUAUGGACAGUACAAGUACAGCUCAGCAACAGCCCAUACCAGAGAUUCUUGAAGAUCCUUUCAAGUUUAAAGAUACAAGUACUUCGCUGAAAGAGGAACAAGUACCCUAGGAAUUAUAGAAAUUAUGUGAAUUUGUUAUUGAUUUUUUUUUUUUUUUUUUUACAAAAUAUUUAAACAUAUUAAAACUUUUUUUUUUCCAUCCCCCCCCCCCCCCCCCUUCUUUUUGGAAGAAACCCAUUUCUAUAUACAGCAACCAAAUCAGACAUAAUGAACUAUUGAUUUAAUAUUUUUGUAAACAAAUGUGAAAAGGGUAUGUAAUUUCACCUCGUGAGAGAGACGCUGCCGAACAAUUUAAUUUGUGAAUUCUGACUUUCUAUUGAUUGUGCCAUCAUGUAUUGUUAUGGAGAAUUUCUCUACCACCCAUCUGGCCUCAAUCUGGACCCUAAAUGGACUGCAAUGAUCACACUAAUGUCUACUACAUUGCAGGAGUUUAACAAGUAUACCAGAGUCAUCAGGGCAAUUUAACUCUUGAUUCAUCAAACCGUGAACUAAAAACCAGUUUGCAAAAUUCAGGCUAAAGUAGACCAAAGAGGACUUUAGCUGGGUUAAAUAAUAACACCUUUUACUUUUGG